GGGGCGCUGAACGGGAGAAGCCGGAGGGCUGCCGCCUUGCCUUCGCCGCGCAGUCCGCCCUCCUCCGCUCCCUCCGCCCCUCCUCUGGCGGCCGCGCUGCCUGGGAGUCCUGGAAGCCGCUGCUUCGAGCCCGCAGCUCGGACGCGGGGACCAGCACUGAGGCGGGGAAGCCGGGAGCGCGGAGACCACAGCCCCGAGGACAGACGGAGGGCGCCCGGGCCUGGGCGCGCCGAGCCGAGCGUGUGAGGGUCUGCGCGUGAGAGCGAGGGCUGCACCCGUGCUCGACGCAGACCCCGCCAGCCCCAGCCCAGUAGCGGCAGCCCGGAGCCUCCCCGCCUGCGCUCCAAGGCACGCGCGGCACAGCCAUGAACACCAACGAUGCCAAGGAGUACCUGGCCCGGAGGGAAAUCCCUCAGCUUUUCGAGAGCCUUUUGAAUGGACUGAUGUGUUCUAAGCCUGAAGAUCCAGUAGAGUACUUGGAAAGUUGUUUACAGAAAGUAAAGGAGCUGGGUGGCUGUGACAAAGUGAAAUGGGAUACAUUUGUCAGCCAGGAAAAGAAGACUUUACCUCCACUCAAUGGAGGACAGUCAAGGAGAUCCUUCCUAAGAAAUGUAAUGCCUGAAAAUUCAAACUUUCCAUAUCGGCGGUAUGAUCGACUCCCUCCCAUCCAUCAAUUCUCCAUAGAAAGUGAUACGGACCUCUCUGAGACUGCUGAGUUAAUUGAGGAAUAUGAGGUUUUUGAUCCUACUAGACCACGACCAAAAAUCAUUCUUGUCAUAGGUGGUCCAGGAAGUGGAAAGGGUACUCAAAGUUUGAAAAUUGCGGAACGUUAUGGAUUCCAGUACAUCUCAGUGGGAGAAUUAUUAAGAAAGAAGAUCCACAGUACCAGCAGCAAUAGGAAAUGGAGUCUUAUUGCCAAAAUAAUUACAACUGGAGAACUGGCCCCACAGGAAACAACAAUUACAGAGAUAAAACAAAAACUGAUGCAAAUACCUGAUGAAGAGGGCAUUGUUAUUGACGGAUUUCCAAGAGAUGUUGCCCAGGCUCUGUCUUUUGAGGACCAAAUCUGCACUCCCGACUUGGUGGUAUUCCUGGCUUGUGCCAAUCAGAGACUCAAAGAAAGAUUACUGAAGCGUGCAGAGCAACAGGGACGGCCUGAUGACAAUCUGAAAGCUACCCAAAGGAGACUAAUGAACUUCAAGCAGAAUGCUGCUCCACUGGUUAAAUACUUCCAGGAAAAGGGGCUCAUCAUGACAUUUGAUGCUGACCGAGACGAGGAUGAGGUGUUCUAUGACAUCAGCAUGGCAGUUGACAGCAAGUUAUUUCCAAACAAAGAGGCUGCAGCAGGUUCAGGUGACCUUGAUCCAUCAGUGUUGUCGGACACGGGAGAGAAUGUAGAUACCGGAUCUGAUUAUGAAGAUCAGGGUGAUGACCAGUUAAAUAUAUUUGGAGAGGACACUGUGGGAGGUUCCAUGGAAGACCUGAGGAAAUGUAAAAUUAUUUUCAUGAUUGGUGGCCCAGGCUCUGGCAAAGGCACACAGUGUGGAAAGCUGGUGGAAAAAUAUGGAUUUACACAUCUCUCCACUGGAGAGCUCCUGCGUAAUGAGCUGUCAUCAGGAUCUGAAAGAAGCAAGGUGAUCAGGGACACCAUGGCCCGUGGAGCCCUGGCGCCCGCAGGCAUCGUUCUGGAGCUCCUGAUGGAGGCCAUGAGGGCCAACCUCGGCAGCACCAAGGGCUUCUUGAUUGAUGACUAUCCUCGGGAAGUGAAGCAAGGGGAAGAGUUCGGACGUCGGAUUCGAGACCCACACUUGGUGAUCAGUUUGGAUUGCUCAGCAGACACCAUGACCGACCGCCUUCGCCGGAGGAGCCAGGGCAGCCCACGCACCGACGACAGCACCACCAUCACCAAGCGCCUGGAAACCUACUACAGAGCAUCCAUCCCUGUGAUGGCCUACUAUGAGACGAAAACACAGCUGCGUAAGAUAAACGCAGAGGGGGCACCUGAGGAAGUUUUUCUUCAACUAUGUACAGCUAUUGACUCUAUUUUCUGAAAGCAAAAAUGCAGUGUGUUAAGAACAGACAGAAAAAUACUGCAAGGUUCCUUCCCCUUAACACGUUUCAAGUUAAAUCUUUUGUUCCACCCUUCUCAAAUCCUGGCAUAGCUGGUUGCUUCCCAGCUUGACCUGGAAGGUGUCUGGAAAUCAUGCAUGGUGUUAUCUGGUAUUAUCCCACUUUUUCUUCAUAAUUCAGACAGCUGUCUGCACUCACAGCACAUGCUUUUCUAAUCAUACAGGUUGCACCUCAAAGCCAGGUUCGUGUGUGACCAGUAGUGCAUUGCCAGUCUGUCAGCUGGGUCCUCGAGACUCACUAGUCUAUCAUUUAGUUCUACUCUCAUUAAACAGGGAGUGAGCACCCCCAACUCCCCAUCCAUCUUCUCUCUUCUCCCCAAUAUUUCUAUGCUGUUGCCUUAUGAAGGCCCUUAAUAUGGGGGCUGGCCUGGCAUCUUCUCUGGUAGUUGGCUGUUUCCUCAAGUCUCACCCGCUGGUAGCUCAGAGCCAGAGACUGGACUGACAAGAUAACACCAAUCGUUUAUAAGAAAUUUGAUUAAAUUUGAAAAAUUUGACAAAUAGAAAAAUGUGACGUUGUGUAUAGCUUUUCCAAGACAGUAAAGCUCAGACUAGUCCCUAGUAACACUCUUCCAUGCGGUUUUAGGAAACUAGCUACUUGGAAUACUGUCAGAAUGGCUAAGAGAACAAAUUGGAUAAAUUGCCCAACCCAGUCUCUUCUUUACCUGAUGGUGAAACUCAUCAAUUACACAUGAAUACCCAUGACCAGCUGUAACUUAAGACGCAUGAGGUGACUUGUCUUUGCAUCCACUAGACUCAUAUGUCAACUUACAGUUUUUAUUUUAAAUGAUCACCUACUUAUUGUUGCCAAGCAAGUAAGAAAUACAGUAACAAAUCUGAUGGGGUGGGGGAGGGGGGCU